AUGUCAAUUAUACUUCGAUUCAGAUCAAAAGAUGGAAUGUUUCGUGUAAAUACCGAGACUUCAUCGUCUUUCCAAACUGUUGUUGACCAAUUAUUAACCAAGCUCCCCGGCUCCAAUAAUGUAGAUGUCAGUGAUAUAACUAUAUCGGAUAAGCCCAACAGCAACAACGACACUAGUUCUAAGCUUGGAUCAUUAGUAGGUAAGCUGGUGGCGGAAUUGAAUUUGAAAAAUGGAGACUUGUUGUAUAUAAAUUAUGGUGAUGCUUUACCAACGCCAUCAGCUUCAGCCCAGGGUGGUUCAGCUCCUAUCAAUUCAGUAAACACGAGCACAACAACAGCAACAGGAACUACAUCAACAAGCAUCCCAUUGACUAAAUCCUCAGCCCAUGGUCCGGUAAAUGUGAAACAAUUACCAGUGGACGAUGAACUAGAUAAGUUGGAUGGAAUGAUUCAACGACCAAUGUCAUCAAUGUGCCGUCAUGGUUCAAAAGGGAUGUGUGAAUAUUGUUCGCCACUUUCUCCUUGGGAUGAGCUGUAUCGAAAAGAGCAUAAUAUUAAACAUAUUUCUUAUCAUGCUUAUCUCAACCAACAAAUGGCAAAAUUUAACAAAAAGGAAUUGGCAUCUUCGUAUAUUGCCCCCUUGGAGAACCCCAACUAUGCCAUAAAUUUGUCAUGUAAUGAAGGUCAUCAGCCAUACCCUAGGGGUAUAUGUUCCAAGUGUCAACCACCACCAAUUACAUUACAAUUGCAGAAAUUUAGAAUGAUUGAUCAUUUAGAAUACGCCAACCAUUCGAUUUUGAAUGAUUUUAUCAAUGUUUGGCGUGUAUCCGGAGUCCAACGAUUUGGGUACUUGUAUGGAAGAUAUGAAAAGUUUGAUAAAGUACCCAUGGGCAUAAAAGCCGUGGUUGAAGCUAUUGUUGAGCCACCACAGUUGGAUGAAUUGGAUGGUCUAACAUUAUUGGACUGGCCCGAUGAAACUCUAGUUGAUGAAGUUGCUGCAAAAUUGGGGAUUUACAAAGUGGGAGUUGUGUUUACUGAUUUGACUGAUCUGGGACAACAAGAUGGAACUGUGUUAUGUAAAAGACAUAAAGAUAGCUAUUUUUUAACCAAUUUGGAAAUAUUGAUGGCGGCCAAGUUCCAAAUUGCCAAUCCCAACACCACAAAGUAUAGUAGUAGUGGUCAAUUUUCAUCAAAAUUUGUCACUUGUGUCAUAUCGGGUGGAUUACAAGGAGAGAUUGAACCACGGUCAUAUCAAGUUAGUUCCAGUGGUGAAGCAUUGGUUAAAGCUGAUUUAAUCACAGGGUCUACUCAACCAUCACAAAUUUAUGUCAAUGAAAGUAACGAUGUACGGUAUGUGCCUGAUAUACAAUACCUGAAAAUUAACGAAUAUGGAUUGGAAGUCAAGAGCAAUGCCAAGCCUACUUUCCCUGGUGAAUUUUUGUUAGUUUCAUUGACUGAUUCGUUCCCCUUGGAUCCUACUCCGUUGUUUUCUACCCAUCCGGGCUAUGUUAUUGAAAAUCGUGAUUUCCUUGGUGAUGUGAACCAUGAUUUCCAGAAUUUAUCAACAUUGGAUAAAUUUAUCAAACUGCAUGGUGGCGAUUUAUUUGAUUUCCAUUUUGUCAUCUAUGUGGUCAAGUUGCGGGUGUUGAAUGAUGAUGAAGUUGAGUUGUUGCUCAAGUAUGUGAGAGAUAAACAAGAACAAGAUUAUUUACAAUUGAUUGGCAGUGGUGGAUGGAUGUCAUUGUUGACUAUAUUGGAGCAUAGUACAUAG